AACCAACGUUUAAGGAAAUGGGAAAACAAUAAUUGCACGUGACUGGACGGAGAGGGCACUUGUAAACACGUUUUUAGUGACUUAGCUUUAUCUCAAAUAUGUCAUAACAGUCUGUGGGAAGAAAGGAGUGUAGAUAUGGACGAGGAGAGGCGUGAGCUGGUGUCCAGUGUUGAGGGCACUGAGGAAUACCAGUACCACCAGUUGCCUGGCACUCACACACCAGACAUGUCCAUCAACCUGGACGAGCGCAUGACUGUCAAACAGAGGUGUCGGGACCUACUCACAAAGCUCUGUUCCAGACAUGUGUUGAAGCUGAUCGCCCUGGGUCAGCUGCUGUCUCUGUUGAUCUGUGGGACAGGUGUGACCAGUGGACUUCUCCAGGAGCAGGGGGUACAGACACCAACAGCUCAGUCGUUCCUCAACUAUGUGCUGCUGUGUUUGGUGUUCACGGUCGUCCUUGCUUGUCGACAGGAGGAGCGCAAUCUGGUGUUCCUGCUCAAGUCCUACUGGUGGAAGUACCUCAUCCUAGCCAUCAUUGACGUGGAGGCCAACUAUCUGGUGGUAAAGGCCUUCAAGUUCACCACUGUAACCAGUGUGCAGCUGCUGGACUGCUUCAGUAUCCCCACUGUGAUGAUUCUGUCCUACUUUGUGCUGAGAGUCCGGUAUCAUCUGCUACAUCUGGUGGGUGUCGUCUGCUGUCUUGUAGGACUCGGUGGGCUGGUGGCGGCAGACGUCAUUGCUGGCAGGAACGAUGAAGGAGGAACCACAGGAGCCAGUAACAAGCCUCUGGGAGACUUCCUGGUGAUUGCCGGCGCUGCCCUGUACGGAGUGUCCAAUGUAGGAGAGGAAUAUGUUGUCAAACAUUUUGCCCGCACAGAGUUCCUAGGCAUGCUGGGAUUGUUUGGCAGUUUCAUCAGCGGGAUACAAUUCGUCAUCCUGGAGAGACACGAAGUUGCUAACCUUGACUUUACCAGAUAUGAAAUAGUGUUUCCAUGGCUUGGCUUUGUGUUGUGCCAGUUUCUGAUAUAUACUUGUAUGACAAUCGUCAUCCAGUACACCAGUGCUACCUCAGUCAACCUCUCCAUCCUGUCAGCAGACUUCUACUCCCUGCUGUUUGGAUUGUUCCUGUUUCAUUAUGAAUUCCAUGUGCUGUACUUCCUGGCGUUCGUGCUGAUCAUCGCGGGGAUCUCCGUCUACUCCGUCAAGGAAACAGACACCAGAUAGACGAACUACCAUAUUGUCAUCAUUUUAAGCUUAGGCCACACUUUAUUGACUUUGUGAUAUAUACUUUCUGUUACCAAUCAAGUGUGGUUGGUUGAAAUAAAAAUACAUCAUGUAGGUCAGUAUUUCUAUAUUUGACCAGUUUAAAAUGGUGUAGCUCAAUAUUUCUUUAUUUGAAUGGCUAGAAAUCAAUUAGAUCAAUAUUUAUUUAUUUGUCUGGGUUAAAAUGUGUUUGGGUCGGUUGGUUUAAUGGGAAAUAUAAAAGCUAAUUUCGUUAAUAAUUGUUUUAGGUGAGGGAUGUUUAGUAUUUUACAUUAAAGUGAACCUGUAUUGACUUUGAUCUUGAUUAUAUAUGGGGUGAUUGUUAUGACCAGAGACUCCACACAAAGCAUUUGCUCAACUAUUAUUUAAAAGGUUAACAGUUACUUUGUUUGUAGUUAAUCUUUUUUUUUUUUUUAUCCACCUAAGCAACUUGUCGGGCAAAAGAAAUAAAUCCAAUCUUUUUAGUUUCUGAUUGUUUUUUGGUCAUGGUUGACCAAGGUCAAAUUAUCUGAGUAGAAACUUUUGAUGUUUUUACACAAUCCCGUAUUUCAGACAGACCAUGAUGGAUAUUCUCCUACUGUAUUUUGAGGUAUGAACAUGUGUUAAACGUGACUGAUGAUGUGGCUGUAUGUAGAACGUUUUGAUCAUUUGUGUAUGACAUGUUGCAAGGAAUGUAUUUCUUCAUACUGUAUGUCACAUGCAUAUUUUGUAGAAAAAUGUUUACACAUUUCUACAGGAAUUUGUGUAAACUUGCAAAGUGUUUCUUAUGGGAGACGCAGAAACAAGACUGAAAAAUAAUUAUUCACUCUUUUAAGACAGAGGAAAUAUAUGAAGAAAAUACCAUUUUAGUAAUAUAGCUAAAUGUAUCCAGCUCCAUCAUUGUACAUACUAUAUAUUUGUAGACAGAAGUUUUUUGCAGGGUUAUCAUGGUUAAGCUGCGAGGUUUUGGUGGUGGGGCAAACACUUAGGGUAGUGAGUGAGUGAGUGAGUGAGUAUGGUUUUACGCCGCUUUUAGCAAUAUCACGGGGGGGGGGGGACACCAGAAAUGGGCUUCACACAUUGUACCCAUGUUGGGAUUCUAACCCGUGUCUUCGGGCGAACGCUUUAACCACUAGGCUACCUGACCGCCCCCACUUAGGGUAGACAUGCUGAUACUGUUCUUGUCUUUCUUAUUCUUCCAACAUACUCAGUUACUUACGUUCCAGGUAGGAAAGGAUGAAAUGAAAUAAAAAUUGGAAAUACUCUGAAAUGGAUUGCCUACAAUUUGAGACAAUUAUCCUGAAAUAUCUUUUGGAGAUAUUGCAAGAUUUAGGACAGUUUGGUAUCAGAUAAUGUAUAUAGAACUUGCGUUAUCUAAGGUGAAGGUCACUUGCAACAAAGAGGUCAGGAGGUAUGUAGAACUUUUUUUAGAACAGAUGAUAAUCUCAGAUCACAGCUUUUAAGACAUAUAUCUUCCAUAACAUUGUAUUGUAGUUUUUAUAUGAUUUUAUGUAAAUGUACAUCAUUUUUAAAUUAUUUCUUAUUUAAUUUCAUGUUUGUUUGUUGUUUAAUGCAGCACUAGGCAAUAUUCCAGCUGUGUGAUGGUGGUUAUCUGUGUAUCAUGGUGUAUACCAUAGUUUACUCUUCAUAGAAAUGUGUGUAGUACUUCCUGUUUUAUGGCAAUUUGUGUAUAUUUUACAAGGAAGAAUGAUUGUUUGUGAUUCUAUCUGUUACUUGUUUUGGUGUUGAAUAUUAUUUAGGUUGUACUGUUUAUUUUAUUGAAAUCGUGAAUUUUAUACUUUACAUUUCACAACAUUUGCUUACAAUUUUGACUGAAAAACAGUAUCUCUGCUUAUCAGCACUGAACAGUGUUCAUGUGUUUGGUAAAGGUGAACUUCACAGACAGACUUCCUUGUUGUCCAUGUACUUUAUCAUAAUCAAUAUGGUUCUGAUGUAUGAAUCAUGACAUACACAUGAAUGUCUACAAAUGACUCAGUGUAUAUACCAGUACAUGGAUAACAUAAGUUGUAAGUGAUGAGAACUUUAUUUAUGUCACAACAUAUUAUUUAUUUUUUCUUUAAUGGUUGUUAAUACUGUCUUUAGUUCAAACUUUAAUAAUUGUUAAUUUGAGUGAACCACACAAGAGAAAGGUAUCAAAAUGUCAAAUGAUACUGUACAUUGGCUUGAACCGUAAUGAGACAAAAACAGAAUAGUGGCAAGCAAUAUUGCUGCAGGCAGACAUAUUAAACUUUUAAGAUAUUCAUAUAUGCAAAUUAACAAGUCUCAAGGCUUUAGAUGAUUUAAACGAACACUCAAAUAUAAUUAUGAUGCAGACUUUGUAUGGCUUUCCAGAAAGAUCAGUCUUCAAUCUGUUCACACAACAUACUACUUCUCAAGACCAGAGUAGCGUAAUGUAGCAUCAGGGUUAAAGAGUCAGACCUCCGAAUUUUCUUUCCCUUUAAAGAUAUCUUAUGUGGGUAAUGAAAUAGUGAGAUAUUUCACCGUAACCUGUGUAAAUAGCACAAUUUUUUAUUUUGAAAUAUAAGUUGUUGAAAUAUUAAUUUGUAAUACUUUCAACUCGUUAGAAGCUCAUCGAGGUUCAUCAAAGAUCCAGCCCAAUUUAACACCCGUACACUAUACAUUUUCAAAGCAUGAGAAAGGAGUGGGUCAUGUACUUAUUGAAAAUUCCAGUAUGAAAAAAGGUAAGCACCGCUUAUGCUAUAUUUCUAAAUCAUAUACAGUGUUAAUAUUCAGACAAAACAUUUGUUUUGGUACAUAAAGUGAUGUUUAUAUUGAAAUAUAGAAGCUGAAUGUGAUUAUCUAAUACAUCUUGUAACUGUUCCAUGGCACUGAUUGCUCUGCUCCUAUGCAUCGUAUGAUGUGACCAGUACUUGAGAUAAGGUGAAAUUAGGUUUAAGGGUGUUCAAAUUCUUGCACUUGCAUUGCAACAUGCAUGCACAUGUGGUUGGCUCCUUGUACUAGUCUGGACUAAUGCCAGUUUUAAAGUGCCAUCCCACUGAAGUAUUGUGCAGCAGUUUAACGUGGAUACCCCUGUGAGACACAGUAUGACUUCGAGGCAACCAGUGCUUAUGUUAUCCACUUGAUACCAUCUUUUAACGUCAUUUGGUAUGACAGGGUAGACACUCUCUCUAUCCAGAAGACCACAGAGGCAGUCAUUUGGAGAAAGAAACUGUUCUUAUACCAUAUUUUCAGCAGGCAUGGGGGGUUAUGUUAAAUAUUUAUCAAAUGAGUGAGUGAGUGAGAUUGGUUUUAACAGUAUUCCAGUUAUAUCACAGCUUGUCAGCUUAAUGUGGGAGGAAAGUGGGGACAACAUUGGGGACAGUGGACAUGUUUGUUGAGAUUGUUAUUUAUAUUUAUCUUCUAAUUACCAGUUUUAUCUUCACAUACUAAGAUAAUUUUGUAAUAAAACACUCUUGCAGCCUUUUGCCUUCAACAAUUUACGUGUCCUUUUUUAGCUUACAUUGAUUAUGUCAGAUGAGUUGAUUUUCAACAUUGGGGACAGUGGACAUGUUUGUUGAGAUCGUUAUUGAUAUUUAUCUUCUAAUUACCAGUUUUAUCUUCACAUACUAAGAUAAUUUUGUAAUAAAACACUCUUGCAGCCUUUUGCCUUC